CGAGUAGUGCGCAAUUGGCUGCGACGUGUGUUGGAACGUCGUUUACGGAGGAGACGCGUGCCCGCCCGCACGAUCGAGACACGGCCCGCGCUGACGUAUUCGGCAGCGAGUUGAUCCGAUAGGCACGGUCGCGCGCCGGUGUGCCCUCUCUCCCUCCCCUACUCUCGCUUCCCCUCAGUGUCGCGAGGGUGUCCAGCCGGGAGCGACGCAGCGUACGAGACCCGCGGGCGCGAGAAGCCGUGUGCACGCAGAGGAGCCGCGUAUAAGCGCAGGGAGCAAGUAUGUCGACCAAGUCGAGCAAGAAGACCGCGGCGGCGGCGGCGGCCGCCGCCGCCGCCGCUGCCGCUGCUGCGGCCGCCGCCUCUUCCCCCAACGUCUCGGCCUCGUCGUCGUCGAGCAGCAUCCAGCCACCGCCGGGCACGUCGACGCCGAUCGCCGGCCGGCGGCCCGGCAGUCCGCUCAGCCCGACUCGCUACUCGCGUAUGCAGGAGAAGCAGGACCUGCAGAACCUCAACGACCGCCUGGCCUGCUACAUCGAGAAGGUGCGCCUCCUCGAGUCGGAGAACUCCCGGCUCAGCCGGGAGGUGCAGACCACCCAGGACACCGUCACGCGGGAGGUCACCAACAUCAAGGCGAUGUACGAGCACGAGCUGUCCGACGCGCGGAAGCUGCUCGACGAGACUGCCAGGGAACGCGCCAAGCUCGAGAUCGACACCAAACGCCUGUGGGACGAUACAGAGGACUUGAAAAGCAAACUGGACAAGAAGACGAAAGACCUGCAGAUAGCAGAACGUAAUGCAAUGAUAUACGAGACGCGCUGCGGCGACUUGCAAUCGCAGUUCAAUCAGUCGCAGGCGGAGCGCAAGAAGCUGGCCGAGAAGGAACGAGAAUCGGACAAGGAGCUGGAACGAUUGAAAGCAAUGCUAGUCGACGCUCGCAAGCACCUGGAGGAAGAGACUCUCCAGCGGAUCGAUCUCGAAAACAAUAUUCAGAGCCUCAAAGAAGACAUCAGUUUUAAGGACCAAGUUUAUCAGCAAGAACUCACGGAGACUCGUACGAGACGACAGGUUGAAAUAUCGGAGAUCGACGGUCGUCUUGCGGAACAAUAUGAAGCCAAACUACAGCAAUCCCUGCAAGAAUUACGCGAUCAGUAUGAAGCGCAGAUGCGUGCUAAUCGAGAGGAGAUUGAGCUUUUAUACGAGAACAAAAUCAAGAACUUGGCAUCUCACGCUCAGCGUAAUAGCGGAGCCGCUAGCAUGGCAGCGGAGGAAUUGAGACAGACUCGCUCUCGAAUCGAAAGUCUUAAUACAAGAAUCAACGAACUCGAAACAGCCAACAAUUCCCUUAAUGCACGCAUCAGGGACUUGGAGAAUUUACGAGAGAACGAACGUGCUCGUCACGCGGAGAGCUUGUCUAUGAUGGAAUCGGAGUUAUCGCGUAUGCGAGAUGAAAUGGCUCAACAGUUGCAAGAAUAUCAGGAUCUUAUGGAUAUUAAAGUGGCGCUCGAUAUAGAAAUUGCUGCGUAUCGCAAGCUGCUAGAAUCCGAAGAGGCAAGAUUAAACAUCACACCUAUGCAGUCGACGAAUACAUCUAUGGCCACUGGUAGAUCGACUCCGUCCAGACAUACUCCUCUCAGAGGUGGCAAGCGAAAACGCACUCUGUUAGAGGAGAGCGAGGAACGUAGUAGUAGUGAUUACAGUGUCUCUGGUACAGCUAGAGGUGACAUAGAAAUAACAGAAGCAGAUCCCCAAGGACGAUUUGUAAAGCUGACUAAUAAGGGCAACAAGGAAACAAGCUUGGGCGGAUGGCAGAUUACUCGCAAAGCCGGCUCUCUAGAAACUACGUUCAAGUUUCAUCGUAGCGUAAAGCUCGAUGCAGGUGCUAAUGUGAUGGUGUGGUCGGCUGAUAUCGGUGCAACACACGAGCCGCCGUCCAACAUCGUUAUGAAGGGUCAAAAGUGGUUUGUAGCGGACAACAUGACCACAACACUGACAAAUAUUGAAGGAGAGGAAGUGGCAACUUCUGAGCGCAAGAGACAGCAACUGUCUACAUCCUUGUCCCGACACAGAGAAAUGGGAUUCCGACCAUCAGAAGAGCUCCAUCACCAACAGAGAAGAUAUCUCUACCCGUAUUAAAGGGUGAGGGCACACGACUCUGAUGGGCACUUUAUAGCGAUCUCCAAGGUGAAGACCGUUGCUCCAUUAUGUAAACCUAAAUUUACCAUAAGUGUAAUAUCAAAAAAUUUUGAAAGCUUAUAUGGGGCUUUAUUCCGUAACCGCAGUUUAGAAACUGACGAAAAUAAAGAAAAGGAGAUCAUUAACACAAAGAAAUUAAUUUAGAGUACAAUAUCAGAAAUAUAUGAGAUACAAGAUCUAUCUGUUUGAUUUUCACCUUCGAAGAGAAGGAGAAUAAAAACACAGAAAUGAUGAAUAUCGAAAUAUAUAAUUUUCCUUACGUUUAUGUAAUAGAACAUAUAUAUUAUAUAUAUUAUAUAUAAUGUACACAUAUAUGAAAAGAUAUUGUAUAAUAUAUUUGAACUGACAAGAGUUCAAAUCAAACUUAACAAAUGGGUUUCGUGAUGUGAAUGAAAUACGUUUUUUUUUGCAUUUAUCAAUCUCUAUUCAUCACAAAGAAAAAAGGGAACUGUGCUAUUAUAUUCCGUUAAACCCACGGCCGUACAACGAUUACCGUGUACAGACGUAUACUAAUGGUACGCUUGUAUUCAGAAAACUUCUUCCCCAUUGUGCGCCCGCGUUCACGUUUACCGCCGCUAUGCAUUCGUUUUGUACUUCCAAUUGUAACAUCGAAAUAGCGAGAUACUUGCGAGCUGUAACGAUUGAUAAUUUUUUAAUUUGUGAUAAUUUAUUACAUUUAUGUUCGUUCACUUUGUCCAAUAAGAAUCUUCAAGCACGCGAUUGGGUUACCAGUAUUUAAUAGUAAUAUGAAACUGUGGGGAAGCUAAAUAUGAUAGAUGUACGACUAUCAAUUAAAUAGACAGUUUCACACUUCAAUGAAUCCUGAAGAAAACGCUUGUUCAAACGUUCGAUUGAAUGUUACUUCCAUUUUCCGAUCGAGUAAUAUUUAAUUAAACGCUGCACAUUUUUAAGUCAAUGAAAAAGUGUAUUCUUCGGUCGCGAUAAGCUGCGAAAUUGUGCAUUGAAUCGUACGAAUGCUGCCGACAUUCAAUUGAUCUUACUGAAAGAACAGAAAUGAUAAUGGAAAGUAUAGGAAACGUGUUCCUACGAUCGCGCCCACCUAUGCAUUCAAAAUGAUUUUUCUUAAUUGUAUCCAGCCUUAUAUCAUUUAUACUAAUAAUAAAAAUUACAAUUAACGUACAAAUGUACUUGUCAUUAUUAUUUUUCACAAUAGUGACAGCAGCUAACCGUUUUUAGACGAAUGUUAAGUUAGAGUAAGUUACGUCUGACAAGAGAGCAUCAGAAAAGCCGAAAAGAUUAGACGGACAGAUUGUUCGUAUUUUAUGUACAUGAAUCGGUAUACUUGUAUACAGAGCCGAUUUAUAGGCAAAAUUUCCCUCUCUUUGUAUAAGAGUGCUAUUUUUAUCGUAAUAAAAAAAACCGCACUUAUGCCUGAAUCAUUAAGAGUCGAUAGAUAUUUUUAAUGUUAGUCCGUUUUUGUAAUAAAACUUAUCAGUUCAAAAAUGUAUUGUAUUCUGCCAAUAAAACUGUAUCUUGUUUCGUCA